UCCCUGCCUCUGGGAGUUGAAGUUUCCUGCGGAAGACUCGUGAGCUGUAUCAAGACCAUUACGAGAAGGCUCUGUGUUGGUGCUGUCAGUUCCCUGACAACUCCUCAGCUCGAGGCAUCAAAUAAUGACCUCUGAAAUGUUGCCAGCAUUUAUUGAGUCUUCUAAUGUUGAAAGAAAGCAAAGCUUAAGUGAAGAUCAAGAGAAGAGCCAGAAGCCAAGAUUAUGUGAAAGGUUUGAACAAAUAUCUAAACGACAGAUGAAGAAGCUCAUUAAACAGAAACAAUGGGAAGAACAACGAGAACUCCGCAAACAAAAGCGGAAGGAAAAACGCAAGAGAAAACAAUUAGAGCGACAAUGUCAACUGGAAUCAAACUCAGAUGGAAAUGACAGAAAACGUAUUCGAAGAGAUGUUGUUCACAGUACACUCCGCCUUAUCAUUGACUGCAGUUUUGACAGCUUGAUGAUAUUAAAGGACAUUAAGAAACUUCAUAAGCAGAUUCAGCGAUGUUAUGCAGAAAAUCGACGAGCACUACAUCCUGUGCAGUUUUACUUGACAAGCCAUGGAGGCCAGUUGAAAAAGAACAUGGAUGAAAAUGACAAAGGCUGGGUCAACUGGAAGGAUAUCCACAUCAAACCAGAGCAUUAUAGUGAAUUCAUAAAGAAAGAAGACCUGAUUUAUCUAACAUCAGACUCACCUAAUGUACUGAAGGAAUUAGAUGAAUCAAAGGCCUAUGUGAUUGGAGGGUUAGUAGAUCACAACCAUCACAAGGGACUCACAUAUAAACAAGCAUCAAAUCAUGGAAUUGAUCAUGCACAGCUCCCCCUUGGAAAUUUUGUGAAGAUGAAUAGUAGAAAAGUUUUGGCAAUUAAUCAUGAAUGCAACAUUGUGAUGAACCUGGCUAAGAAAUGUAUGGAGUUUGUCUUUGUUGCAGUGUUUGAGAUUAUUCUGGAAUAUCUGGAAACCAGAGACUGGCAAGAAGCGUUUUUUACUAUUUUACCCCAACGGAAAGGAGCUGUUCCCACAGACAAAGCCUGUGAAGGUUCUUCGCAUGACAAGAAAUCUGCCAGGGUUGAAGAUGGAUUGGACAGUGAUUCCAGUGAGGAAGAAAAUAGCAGAAAUGAACUAGAAUCACCACAUGAAGAAGAAAAGCAGGAUAAAGAAAAUAGCAAUGAAUCUACAGUGAACUCUGUACCACACUAAUGUCAUCUGUUGUUUUUUGUUUUGUUUUUUGUUUUUUUAGCUUAAUUAAGGAAAACUUAGGAGAAAAUGAGGUGCUUCAUAAAAUAUUCUAAUUGGGAGAAAAUUUUAUUUCCUCUUAUUUCUGUUGUGAAUUUUUAAAACUUUUUUUAGAGCUAAGUGAUAAAAAGCCCUUAUAAGAAAGUUUUUUGUUUUUGCAUAAAAUUUAAAUGUUUAAUUUUUAAAAUAAUUUUCUAAGUCUCAACAGUUUCUUGAGAAUUUUACUUUAUUGGUAAACCUUCAUUCUCUUUAAUUUACUGAAUUAUAUUUUUUAGAAUGUGCCUUCUGACCUUUCAGUUUUAUUUUUUUGUGUUUAUAUCAAGUGUAUUUCUGAUUUAUUGCCUACUUAGUUGUGGAGAUAUUCGUAAAUCUCCUGUAAGUCUACCAAAAUGUUCUGCAUGGGAGGCUACCUCCUAUUUGCAGCUUUUUUAUUCAACUCAGUUACUUCAAAAGAAUGCAGUUAUUUUAGGAAGAAGUAUUAGAUUGAUAAGCUCAACAAUUUAUUUCUUUUGGACUGUGGAGCCCAUCUCUGUUCCUCCUCUGUUCCUCCUCUGUGAUGCCUUUUCGUGGUUGUAAAGCAAUCACUGAAGAGUAAAGACUCUCUUAAUGUAUUUUCUUAAUUUCAAUAAUGGUGGUAAAUUAUUUCAAUUACAAAUGUAAUUUUUCAGGCUAGAUUAUUUUAAAAGACCGUUGAGUAUCAAUUUUGUCUUAAAUUUAAAAGGAAACAGCUUUUAGCUAUCCUUUCCUUCUAUAUGUACUUCUAUUAAAUAAAAUAUUUCUUGGUUCUUAAAGUGAAUAAAGUUAACUUUAUAU